AUGAAGACUCAAUGCCAGAAGGAACGACAAAUGCGGCUAAGUAAAAUUGAUCAUUCGGGCAUUUUGUACAGAAAAAUUAUUAGCUUAUCAAAUCCGCUUUUGCAAACCUAUUCAAAAAAACUUACACCGUUGUUUUGUCUUUUGUUUGCGUCAUCAGAUUGCCCACUCUGA